CCGGCGUGCAGUGUGCUCGCCGUCAGCACGAUAAUUUCAAGAUGGCAGCGUCGUCGGCCCGACUGAGUGUGAGCAGUGGCCGGGACCGCGGAGUGACGGCCAGCUGAACGUCGUGACCUGACACGACGCACCCCCAGAGCCUUUCCCCGACCCUCCCCAGCAACGCGGGCACUGUCGCAAACCGAGCGCUCAACCUCGGGCUGCGAACGAUGUGGACAGCCGGGGCGGCCAUUUGAGAAUCUAUAAACAGAGAGCCGGGGCGCUCGGCUGGUGGGGGAGUGGGGAAACGGGGUGGGCCUCCAUCCUUCCCGCUGACAGUGAUCAGCUGCCGCCCGCUUACCCCCGUUUCCUGGGAGGAGCCGUUUCACCAUCCCCACUCCCUUCCCCCUCACCCCUCCAACCCCUCCCUUCACCCCAUUCCAAUCCACUCCUCCCCUGCCCCCUCUCCACCCGCAGGAUGAUGUGUUCGGCUCCGUCUCCUCACACAACCGGUGGCGGUGGCGCCGCCUCCUUCUCUUGCACCUCACACCCGGACCCCGGCUAUCCGCCCUCCACCACCGCCGCCUCUUUCCUCGACACGGACUCGCUGAUCUUUCCAGCUCCUGAUCCCCGGAUUGCUGCUUCUGGAGGAGGAGGGAUGGAAGCCGCCGGGCGAGUCCAGCACGAGCUGCUGUCAGGGAAACAGCUCGGGAACAAGUACCGGCGGCUGUUCGCCGCCGCCCUGGAUGCCCAGCACAGCAGAAAUAAAAAGGGUUUGAACAAGAAGAAACUUAAAAGGAAACAGAAAACCAAGUCCAAAGUGAAAACACGAACAAAGACAGAGAAUUUGGAAAAUGCAACGCCUAUUCCAGAUAUCAAAAUCCAUAGUAACCCUUCAGCCUUCAAUGUUUACUGUAAUGUACGGCAGUGUGUCUUGGAAUGGCAAAGAAAAGAAGCGUCCCUGACUCUAGCCUCAAAGAAUUCAGUCCAGAGUGGAGAGUCAGACAGUGAUGAAGAGGAAGAACUGAGGGACCCUCCAAUUAAGCUACCCAAGAUUAUAGGAAUUGGACUUUGUGGUGUAUUCGAGCUUAUCAAAGAAACUCGGUUCUCUCAUCCUGCAUUAUGUCUGAGAAGUUUACAGGCUCUACUUGACAUGCUUCAGGGACAACAGCCAGAAGGCCUCCAGUCAGAACCCCCCGAUGUUUUAGAAUCUCUUUUCCAUUUGUUGUUAGAAACAACAAUAAGAAGCACUGGAAUGGCAGACAAUAUUAGCCAGUCACUGACUGCUUUAUCUUGUGCCUGCCUCUUCAGUUUGGUAGUUGCUUGGGGAGAAACAGGCAAGAUUUUACAAGCAGUGUCAGCAAUUCUUACCAGUAAUGGCAGCCAUGCUUGCCAACCUAUUCAGGUGCCAACCAUUCUAAAUGCUCUCCAAAGGAGUGUGCAAGCUGUCUUAGUUGGAAAAGUUCAAAUACAGGACUGGUUCACGAAUGGAAUAAAGAAAGUCGCUUUAAUGCAUAAAUGGAUUCUAAAGGAGAUCUUCACAGAUGAAGAUGAUUGGUGCCUAAUGCAGAGUGAUGGUUCAUUCCUGUAUCUGUUGGCGAAAGAUGGAUUGUACAAAAUUGGUUCUGGUUACAGUGGGACAGUCCGGGGCCAUGUGUACAACUCUACUUCUCGCAUAAGGAACAGGAAAGAUAGAAAGUCGUGGUUGGGGUUUGCACAGGGUUGUCUCCUAUACAGAGAUUUAAAUAAUCACAAUAUGACAGCAAUGUCCAUAAACCCAGAAACAUUAGAACAAGAAAGCACAGUUAAUCUUCCAGGUUGCCAGGCUGAAGGACAGAAUAUCCUCUUCACAGAUGGAGAAUACAUCAAUCAAAUUACGGCAUCAAAAGAUGAUGGUUUUGUAGUACGGAUAUAUGCAACAAGCACUGAGCCUGUCCUCCAACAAGAGCUGCAGCUUAAACUAGCCAGGAAGUGUCUACAUGCUUGUGGUCUCUCCUUGUUUGAUCUUGAAAAAGAUUUGCACAUUAUUAGUACAGGAUUUGAUGAGGAAUCGGCUGUUGUAUCAGCUGGCAGAGAGUUUGCCCUAAUGAAAACUGCUAAUGGAAAGAUGUAUUAUACUGGAAAAUACCAGAGCCUUGGAAUCAAACAAGGAGGUCCGACUGCAGGGAAAUGGGUUGAACUACCUAUCACCAAAUCACCAAAGAUUGUACAAUUCUCUGUGGGCCAUGAUGGCUCUCAUGCCUUAAUGGUGGCUGAAGAUGGAAGUGUUUUUUUCACUGGCUUGGCUAGUAAAGGAGAGGAUGGUGAAUCAGCUAAAAGCAGACGCCAACCAAAACCUUAUAAGCCAAAGAAAAUGAUCAAAAUGGAAAGUAAAACAGCAGUCUAUACAGCAUGUAACAAUGGAAGCAGUGCAAUCACAACAAAGGAGGGAGAACUGUACAUGUUUGGCAAAGAUGCUGUUUACUGUGACAGCUCAGGUCUUGUGACUGAGUUGAAGGGUCACUUUGUGACGCAAGUAGCCAUGGGUAAAGCUCAUGCCUGUGUAUUGACCAAGAAUGGAGAAGUUUGGACAUUUGGUGUGAACAAUAAAGGGCAGUGUGGACGGGAGACUGGUGCACUUUGUCAAGGUGGGAAAGGUUUCAAUAUGGAAAACAUGGCAACAGCAAUGGAUGAAGAUUUAGAAGAGGAGCUGGAUGAAAAGGAUGAAAAAUCCAUUAUGUGCCCUCCUGGAAUGCACAAAUGGAAGCUGGACCAGUGUAUGGUUUGCACUGUGUGUGGAGACUGUACAGGUUAUGGAGCCAGUUGUGUCAGCAGUGGGCGACCGGACAGAGUUCCUGGAGGGCUUUGUGGCUGUGGGUCCGGUGAGUCUGGUUGCGCUCUAUGUGGUUGCUGUAAGGCCUGUGCCCGAGAACUUGAUGGGCAAGAGGCAAGGCAGAGGGGAAUUCUUGAUGCUGUUAAAGAGAUGAUCCCUCUAGAUCUACUUUUAGCAGGACCUGUCCCACCAGGUGUUAAUAUAGAAGAACACAUUCAACUAAGACAGGAAGAGAAAAGACAACGGUUGAGUAGAAGGCACAGAUUGGAAGAAGCAAGAGGCCCCAUUGUAUUUCCUGGUCCCAUUUAUUUGAACCAUCGAGAACAGGCCAUAGCCAGACUAAGACCCCUUCCAUCAAAGCUAAAGCAUAAACGGGACAAGCAUAAAGAUGUCAAUGGAGAAAGGGGGGAGAAAGACACCAGCAAGAUUACAACAUAUCCUCCAGGGGCUUUGUGUCUUCAUUAUGAGCUCCAAGCAGCCCAAGUUAGCUGUGGAUUCCAUCACUCAGUGGUGCUGAUGGAGAAUGGUGAUGUCUAUACCUUUGGAUAUGGACAACAUGGGCAAUUGGGCCAUGGAGAUGUAAAUUCAAGAGGGACGCCAACUUUGGUACAGGCCUUACCAGCUGCUUGCACCCAAGUAACUGCAGGCAGUAACCACACAGCUCUACUAUUAGCAGAUGGGCAAGUCUUCACGUUCGGAAGCUUCUCUAAAGGACAACUUGGUAGACCAAUUUUGGAUAUACCUUUCUGGAACACAAGACCAUCUCCAAUGCCAAACAUAGGCUCAAAGUAUGGCCGUAAGGCUACCUGGAUAGGUGCAAGUGGAGACCAGACCUUCCUACGCAUUGAUGAAGCACUUAUUAACUCUCAUGUUCUAUCAACUUCAGAAAUAUUUGCCAGCAGAAGCAUUAUAGGCUUGGUACCUUCAUCAAUAACUGAGCCACCACCCUUUAAAUGCCUGUUAAUCAAUAAGUUGGAUGGAAGCUGUAGGACAUUUAAUGACUCUGAACAGGAAGACUUACGAGGUUUUGGAGUUUGCUUGGAUCCUGCAUAUGAUGUAAUUUGGAGGUUCAUACCAGGUCCAAAAGAGGUUUGGUGUUAUAAUGCAGUUACAGCAGAUGCCAGGCUUCCUGCAGUGACUGAUAUGCACAGCAGAUGUUGUAUUCUGAGCCCUGAACUUGCCCUACCAAUAGGAUCUAGAGCACAUACCACCAGAUCUCAUGGGGCUUUGCACAUUCUAGGUUGUCUGGAUACGUUAGCUGUUAUGCAGGAUCUGAAAAUGGGUGUCACUAACACAGAGGAGGAGAUCCAAGCAGUUACUAAAGUGUACUCCAAAGAAGACUAUAGUGUGGUUAAUAGAUUUGAAAGUCAUGGAGGUGGAUGGGGAUAUUCUGCUCAUUCUGUGGAAGCCAUUCGCUUUUGUGCAGACACGGAUAUAUUACUUGGAGGCCUUGGUCUGUUUGGUGGCAGAGGUGAAUACACAGCAAAGAUAAAGCUGUUUGAGUUGGGACCUGAUGGAGGAGAUCAUGAAAUUGAUGGUGAUCUGCUGGCAGAAACUGAUGUUCUGGCAUACGACUGUGCUGCAAGAGAGAAAUAUGCAAUGAUGUUUGAUGAGCCUGUGGUGUUGCAGGCUGGUUGGUGGUAUGUGGCUUGGGCUCGAGUUUCAGGGCCAAGUAGUGAUUGUGGCUCUCAUGGUCAGGCCUCCAUCACCACUGAUGAUGGAGUUGUUUUUCAGUUUAAGAGCUCCAAGAAAUCAAAUAAUGGGACAGAUGUAAAUGCUGGUCAAAUUCCGCAAUUGUUAUACAGGUUACCAUCAAAUGAUGGAAACUCAGGAAAAGGAAAACAGCAACCCAGUGAGCCAGUGCAUAUUUUGAGAAGAUCUUUUGCAAGGACUGUCUCAGUGGAAUGUUUUGAGUCAUUGCUGAGUAUUCUACAGUGGAGUUGGACAACCCUGGUAUUGGGAGUGGAGGAGCUGCAGGGCUUAAAAGGUUUUCAAUAUACAGCCACUCUGCUGGACUUGGAACGACUAAAGUUUGUUGGGACUUGUUGCCUGCGACUGCUGCGUGUCUACAUCUGUGAGAUAUACCCGAUAUCAGUUGGUACGAAAGCAGUGAUAGAAGAAACAAGCAAACUAGCAGAAUGUGUUGGAAAGACUCGAUCACUCCUGAGAAAGAUUUUAUCGGAAGGAAUUGAUCAUUGUAUGCUGAAGCUUGACAAUGAUCCCCAUGGCUACCAUUCGCAACCAAAGACCCUAUUGGAGGCUGUUCUUCAGGAAUGCCACAACACGUUUACAGCCUGCUUUCAUUGCUUUUAUCCUACCCCUGGAUUGCAAUGGGCUUGUCUUUGUGACCUGCUUAAUUGCUUAGAUCAGGACAUACAAGAGGCUAACUUCAAAACGUCAAGUAGUCGGUUACUUGCAGCAGUCAUGUCUGCACUGUGCCACUCUUCAGUCAAGCUGACUACAAUUCUUCCCAUUGCUUACGAUGGUGAAGUGUUGCUUCGGUCAUUGGUGAAGCAGAGUAGCACGGAGAAUGAAUCCGCUAUGGUUCACAGAUUUGCCCUUUUAGUGUCUCAUAUGGAGAAACUUAGCCAGAUUGAAGAAAAUAUUACAAGUAUGACCAGUUUUCGAGAAGUUCUUGAAAAGAUGUUGGUCAUUGUAGUGCUUCCAGUUAGGAAAAGUCUCAGAAGAGAGGUUGAACUCUUCUCUCCUCUCCUAGUAUCCAAUACUUGUGGUCUCCUUGCCAGUAUAGUGAGUGAACUCACUGCAUCAGCACUCGGAACUGAGGCUGAUGGAUUGAGUUCCCUUCAUUCUGUCAAAGCCACGCCAAAUCGCUUUGUUAAAACCAGUCAAGGACGAAGUUGGAACACUGGUAAUGGGUCUCCAGAUGCAAUCUGCUUCUCUGUAGAUAAACCUGGAGUAGUUGUUGUAGGCUAUCAUGUAUACGGAGGAGGUGGCAUUCAUGAAUAUGAACUGGAAAUGCUCGUUGAUGAUAGUGAACACACUGGUGAUUCAGCACAUUCUCACAGGUGGACUUCCUUAGAACUAGUGAAAGGGACUUACAGCACCGAUGAUUCUUCUAGUGACACAGCAGAAAUCAGAUUAGAUAAAGCUGUCCCUUUAAAGGAAAAUGUCAAGUAUGCAGUGCGUCUAAGGAACUAUGGAAGUCGGACUGCAAAUGGAGAUGGAGGAAUGACAACAAUUCAGUGCCCAGAUGGUGUAACCUUCACUUUCAGUACUUGUAGCCUCAGCAGUAAUGGAACUAAUCAAACUCGAGGUCAGAUCCCUCAGAUACUUUAUUACAGAAGUGAGUUUGAUGGAGAUCUACAAUCUCAGCUGCUUAGCAAAGCAAAUGAAGAAGAUAAAAACUGCAGCCGGGCCCUUUCUGUUGUCUCUGCAGUCGUUCGUGCGGCUAAGGAUUUGUUACAUAGAGCCCUGGCUGUAGAUGCGGAAGAUAUUCCAGAACUGCUCAGUUCUUCCAGUCUGUUAUCUAUGCUGCUUCCACUUAUUUUGGCUUACAUUGCACCAGUGGCUGCUAAUGUCCCAAAAGCUGCCGUUGAAGUUUUUGGUCUUGUACAGGAGCUUCUGCCUUCAGUUGCAACAUUGAACCAAAAAUAUGCCCCACCUGCCUUUAAUCCUAAUCAGUCUACAGACAGUGCAACAGGCAAUCAACCUGAACAAGGCCUCUCUGCUUGUACGACUUCUAACCAUCAUGCUGUAGUGGAGAGUGACCACCCUUACAAGCCAGCCUGUGUCAGUCAAUUAAAGGUAACUUUUCCAGAUUGUGUCAGGUGGAUGACCAUUGAAUUCGACCCGCUGUGUGGUACUGCACAGCCAGAGGAUGUGCUUCGUUUGCUGAUUCCAAAUAAAAGUUUCCAAAGUUCAGGAUUUGGGCCUAAAAAUACAAGCUACGAUGGUCUAAAUUCUUGGAUAGAGUUGAAAAAAUUUUCUGGUUCCACUGGAUGGCCAACUACAGUCCUUGUUUUGCCAGGAAAUGAUGCUAUUUUCUCUUUGGAGACUGCAUCAGACUAUGUAAAAGACGAGAAGGCCUGUUUUUAUGGUUUCAAGUGUGUUGCUGUGGGUUAUGAAUUCAGCCCUGGACCUGACGAGGGAAUCAUACAGUUAGAAAAGGAAUUGGCAUAUCUUGGAAGUAUAUGUGCAGCUUCACUAAUGAAAAAAGACCUUGCGCUUCCUGUGGGCAAUGAGUUGGAGGAUGAUCUUGAAAUCCUUGAAGAAUCAGCUCUGCAGGUGUGUAAAAACCAUGCCGGUCUAUUAGGAAAGGGCCUUGCUUUGUCUCAUUCACCAACUAUUUUGGAGGCACUAGAAGGGAAUCUUCCCCUCCAUCUGCAGAGCAAUGAGCAUUCUUUCUUAGAAGACUUUGUUGCGUGCUUACCUGGUUCCAGUGGUGGGCGACUUGCAAGGUGGCUUCAACCGGAUUCUUACGCAGAUCCUCAGAAAACCUCCCUGAUAUUAAAUAAGGACUACAUCAGAUGUGGUUGGCCUGCUACCAUCACAGUUCAGACCAAAGACCAGUAUGGAGAUGUAGUACAUGUUCCAAACCUGAAGGUUGAGGUGAAAGCUGUUCCUCUUUCUCAAAAGAAGUCUAUGCAGCAGGAGAACACUAAAAAACUGCACCGUAUCCCUGGCAGUCCUCCAACUAUUGUUCCAUGUACUGAUAUGACGUUUGGUGGAUUACCCUCUCCCAAACUGGA